AUGGAAAAUAAUACAGAGAGUAGCCCUACAAAUCAAGAUAAAAUCUUCAAGAAACCAGACAAGGUUCUGCAUUGUCCUCGAUGCAAUAGUUUAUACUUGGAGGAUGAUGAUUCUUUGUUGAGAGGAAUGAUGAUUAAGGGUAGUGAAUACGAGCGGGUGCUGAGGUACUUGGACGAAGACGGUGAUGGAAAGAUUUCAACUUGUGAGUUGAGGAACAAAAUAGGGAUGUUGGGUGGGGAGGUUGGGUUGAUAGAGGCUGAGAUGGUGAUUGCGACAGUGGAUUCUGACGGUGAUGGGUUUCUUUGUUUGGAGGAUUGGGUGAAGAUGAUGGAGGGAGUGGAAGAUGCAAGGAAGGAGACAAAGGGAGAGGGAGGGAGAAAAUUGUGA